UUUGCCAAUUUCCAGUAAUUCCCAGAGAAGAAGGAAAGGACAACCCAAAAAAGGGCAUAAAGAAAAGUUCGAGAUAGGGAGGGCUAUUGAUUUCAGGAAGGAAAGGGGAAAGCCCUUGGAAGAGCUUCACAGGGGUUUUUGACAUUUCCUUUCUGGAAUCAGUUUUCCGUUGGAUUUUUAUUUUCCCGGGAAAUCAUUAGCCGAGGAGAUCCGUACAUUAUUGGAUGGGCAAAGUUGAUGGAGUGGCAGGACCUGCUUGUUCCCAGCUCUCUCCUCUCCUUUCCUUUGUUUAUGAGCAGUAGUUUUCUUGCAUGCUAUCGUGAGCCCAAAUUGAUUAAGUCGCUGAAUGAACCUUCAAAAGAAUUGAGGAUUCGAGGUCGGACAUCAACUAAACCGAAUAUAUCAGAAGACUUCUGGACCACGAGCGCUUGUGACAUGGACAACAGUGCUAUGCAGUCACAGGGAAGCAUUUCAUCGAUUAGCACGUCAAACCAGAUUCUAGUUCCUCAUGGUGCUGCUGGUGCAAAUGUUCCUUCUGAAUUUGUAAACCAUGGUCUUCUUCUCUGGAAUCAAACUAGACAGAAUUGGAUAAGGAAUAAAAGGUCUGACAACCAGGCACAACAGAUUCAAGAACCCAAAAUAAAAACUUAUUGUCUCUCCAUGGUUAAACAUUUCUGGCUUUGCAGUUGGAAUGCAACCUAUGACAGUUUACUUGGAAGCAACAAGCCAUUUCGCCAGCCGGUUCCUCUCUCUGAAAUGGUAGAUUUUCUGGUGGACGAUUGGGAUCGGGAGGGGCUGUAUGAUUGAGAAUUUGAAGGCAAGCUGCAUCAACUAUUGUAACACGGGAAACUGCUUCUACAGAAAGAAGGCAAUAAGGAAAGGAGGGGUUUGUAUGUCAACUGUAACAUCAUUUUUCUAGUGCCUGCCCUAUGGUUUUCAGUUCAUAGGCCUCCAAGACAUGUCUUGUAUUGUUUUCAAUGUUAUAUAUACAGCAGCAUUGGCUCA